AUGGACAGGGCCAUCAACCGCACCUACGAGGAGUACACCCCCGCCGUCGAGUGGAGCCACUCCGCCGACGCCAGCUUCGUCAAGAUCAUCGUCCCAGGGUUUAAGAGGGAGGAGAUCAGGGUGCUGGUGGACAACCACGGCCACCUGCGGACGCGCGGCGAGCGGCCGGUGGAGGGCGGCAGGUGGAGCCGCUUCCAGAAGGACCUGCAGCUCCCCUCCGACUGCAACGUCGACGGCAUCCGCGCCAAGUUCGAGAACGAGGCGCUCACCAUCACGCUCCCCAAGAAGCACCCUUCGCCCCCGCAGCAGCAGGCCGCGCCCGUGCCCAUGCCGGCUCUGCCGGUGCCGGCGCCCAAGCCCGUGCCCGAGCCCAGGAGGCCCUACGCGGCGCCGUCCCAGAAGCCGCCGCCGGCGCUCCCGGAGCCCGCGAGGCCGGCCGCCACGGCGCCGCCCCCCGUCGUCCCUUCCCAGAAGCCCUUCGCCGACCGCAGGCCGUCGCUGCCCCGCAAGCCGGCGGACAUUCCCGCGCCGGCAAGGCCCGCGCCUCCCGUGCCCGCGCCGGCGCCGGAGUUGGAGACCCUGAACAAGCACAAUGGAGCCGCUGCCACCGCGAAGCCCGGGCUGCCCGCCUUCCCGAAGCCGACGGGGGAGUGGGUGAGGGAGGAGGCCAAGAAGCCGCAAGAGGAGGCCAUGGCGAGGAAACAGCAAGACGCGGCCGAGGAGGAGGAGAAGAAGCGGAUGGAGAGGGAGGCGAGAGGGAAGAUGGAGGAGGACAGGAAGACGGCGGAGGCGGACAAGGAGACGGAGGGGAUGAUGGACAUGGCGCGGCGGAGGAGGCCCGCGCCCGCCAACCGCGGGCUGCUGGUGAACGUGGCCGUGGCGGCGCUGGUGCUCGUCGGCAUCACGGUGUACGUGUGGCGCAACCUGAGCGCCGCUGCCUCCGGCGGGGGCGGGGAUGCCGGCGCCGGGAGCUACGGCGACGAGAUGUGA